UAUUUGCUGCGCAGAACAAUAAAAUGUUAUGUCCAUGCGUGCGCAUAUUGAUUUGAAUGCACUCCGUGUGUGUUUGUAUCUUAUGACGACGAUUCGGAUUUCCAGUGAGUGAGUGAAUGGUAUAGUAUAGAGGUUUGUUGAAGUGUCACAAGCGCAAUACUCGCUCCUAUGUAUGGCUGACUAUUGGUUUCGAUCGAUGCGUCGUCCGUCCACCACCACCACUAGUCGACGUCUUCGUCCCUUAUUUCACAUACCGGCUGUUGUGACCUACAUCGACUUGUCUACAGCCUAGAGUCGAGGCGUCGACCAUCAUAACGUCAUAAUUGUCGUGUGUUAACAUCAUAGGAGUAAGACGAACAAGUUGGUCAUCCCACAUUCAUUAUCAUCAUUCACCUCAUCUUCAUCGAAUUGUGUGAUAUCCUGGUGAAAACACAACAAUUGUUCCCCUAUACUGCAGAUUGUUUUAGUGAGAACACAUAUACAUACACAAUACUUACAAACAUACACACAUAUACACAUACAUAUACAACUUCUUUAUAGCUGCAGUGGUUUGUGAGUGGUAACUCCGCUCCAAUUCCGUCCCCUACCUUCGAAAAUUUUUUAGUGUUGUGUGAAAGUGUACGUCAAAAAUUUUCGUCAUCGAGCCCCGGCAAUUGCCCAACAGUGUAGAGUGUUAAAUGUCCACUAGUAAUAUUAGUGUAGUGGAAUUGGAGGCACAGCUUCGUCAGGCGGAAGCACGACGUGCAGAAGUUGAACGUCAAUAUGCAGAAGCAUUGUCUAAUUUACGAUCGUCGAUCCCAACGGACCCUCUGGAAGCACGCCAAUCAAAAGUGAGGGAAUUAGAGAAAAAAGUUGCAUUAGAAACUGUACGUGUUGAAGAAUUACAAUUAGAAUUAGCAUCACAAAGACGAACUACCUCAUCAUCAGCGUUAUCUUCGGCAGCAGUUGGUGUCUCAACACUUUCAUCAAUUACAAGCGUACCAUCAUCAGUAAUAACAUCAACAUCAUGGACAGGAGGAAAUCAUCAAAGUCAUCACCAUCAGCCAACGUCAUCUACAAAUGUAACAUCAACGGUGACAUCAACACCACAACAAGGUACGGAAAUCGAACGAAUUAUGGCAAAAAUCGAACAAGAUAAUCGUAUUCUUGCAGAAUUAGAACAUAGUCGAUCAACUACACUAAGUGCACCAGAGUGUCAAUGGGGUUUAAGUAGUAGUGCUACAGGCUCAACAAAUAAUAAUCAAUUAGAUCCAAGUGUUUAUGGUGGGACAACAGCGGUAAGUGCACCAGUUUCGCCCUUGCCAUCACAAAACCCAAAUAAUUUGAGUGGAAGUGUUCAUACAAAUUAUCAAUACGCACCAAAUAAUUUAGGAACAGCAUCAACAUCUGCAAAUAUGUCAGGUUUAUAUAGUCAACAACAAUUUAGUAGUACAGCACCAGGUGUCACUGGGGGAGGUGUAACUGGCGCGUAUGGCGCCUAUUCAUCAAGUUUACCACCAGGAGUUAGUAGUGCUGCUGGCAUUUACACAAACCAUCAUCAUGCUACGAACGUUAGUGGUAUUACAAGUGGGUUCAGUAGUGGAAUCACCUCGACUGUGGGUGCGUCCUCCUAUGUGAAUCCAUUACUCACAAAUCAACAACCGUAUAGUAAUUUAAUUGCUGCAACAAGUGCUUUAACAAAUCAACAAUCAACUGUGUUCACUAAUAAUACGGGAGGAAUAUCUGGAUUAGCCGGGACUGCGUUAGGAGGUGUUGGAUCAUCGUACACUUCAACAGCAUUAGGAAAUCAUAGUACAUUUAGCAACCCAUUAACAAGUACUUUAGGAGGAUAUUCAACGCUAGGCAAUACGUCGUCGUUGUUUAAUAACAAUGCAUCAAGUUUUACGAAUAACCCAUUAAUAUCGUCAACCAAUCAAUGGUCAUCGCCAGCGAUGACAGUAAAAUUAAAACCUUUGGAAGAAGUUGAACUAGGUCGGCGGAUACCCACACCCGUAACACCACAUGCACCAAAUAUAUGGGAUCGUCCUCUAUCCAGACCAACAAUCACUGGUGGUGGACUAUCGGAUAGUGGUGGGGGAGGGGACUGGGGUAUGGGUAUCACAGAUGGACAAGUGGAUAUGUUAGAUAUUCCUGGUAAAGGUAGAUGUUCAGUUUAUAUAGCUAGAUUUUCAUAUGAACCAGAUUUAGAAACAUCGGAAGAUGAGUUACCAGUCUCAGCGGGUGAUUAUUUAUUAGUAUGGAGUGAACCUGGUGCACCGUACUUGGACGCAGAAUUGUUGGAUGGCCGACGUGGUUUGGUACCAGCUCAUUUUGCACAGCGGCUAGUUGGUGACGAUUUGCUAGAUUUUCAUCAAGCGGUGCUAAGUUCAUUGCGGGAUGAGGAGAGUGCAGAGAUGUUAGCGGCUGAUGUACAACGAUUAUGUGAGCUAACGGAUACCAACGAAGAUCCAGAAGAUGAAACUAUUGAUACACAAGCUGACGACCUCUUCUUCUCGGUGCUAGUGGGUGCUCCCAGACAACUAACAUUGGAGCGGCAGCUGAACAAGAGUGUCCUGAUCAGUUGGACAGCACCAGAACCCGGCCAACCUGGAUCACAAGUGGAAAGUUAUCAUGUCUAUGUGGAUGGUGUGUUAAAAACGACAGUCAAAGCAUCAGAACGUACUAGAGCUUUAGUCGAAGGAGUGGAUAGCAAUCGACCACAUCGAAUCAGUGUAAGAUCGGUUACAGCGAAUCGGCGAACAUCACGUGAUGCAGCAUGUACAAUGGUAAUUGGACGUGAUACACAACAAUUGGGGCCUACAGCAGUUCGUGCAACUCAUGUGACAUCAAGUUCUGCAAUUAUAUCUUGGUUGCCAGCAAAUUCAAAUCAUCAACAUGUGGUUUGUGUAAAUAAUGUUGAAGUGCGUACAGUGAAACCAGGUGUAUAUCGUCAUACAAUUACCGGAUUAACACCAAACACCCAAUAUCGUGUCACUGUAAGAGCUAAGCAUAUACGCGCGCAACCGGCAGUGCCUGGUGAAGAGCCACCAUGUCCUGCUUCAGCACAUACUGAUUUCCGUACAUUACCUAAAGGUUUACCAGAUCCGCCUGCUGAUAUAAUGGUUGAAGCUGGUCCACAAGAUGGUACACUUUUAGUUACGUGGCAUCCAGUUCAAGCACCACAUCAUCCAGGCAGCAUUGUAACAGGAUACGCAGUAUAUGCUGAUGGGAAAAAAGUGACAGAUGUAGAUUCACCAACCGGGGACCAUGCACUCAUUGACAUAUCAAAGUUGUUAGGUCUAAAUCCCAGGCAUGUGACAGUACGAACGAAAGCACGAGAUAGCCAAUCGGCUGACUCUGUACCCACAGCAAUACCACCACAAGUAUUACGCGGCGGAUUACGCCAACAACGACAACCGCAUAGUGGUGUUCCGCCGCAUAUGCGACCUCAACAACGUGGUCAACCAGGUGGACCACAGCAACAAGUAAUCAUUGAGCAUGAGGAUAAUCUUAGCGACAAAGAAAUAUUUCCAUCUGGGCAAAUGCAUCACCGUACACAGGGACCAGGCAUACCACAAAUCGAAAUAACUAAAGAUUCUGCACCAGAAGGCCAACUUACGGAAGAAGAUUACAUGCAUGGACGUGGCGGUCGGGGCAUGACACAUCAUCAAGGACAACAACCUCAACAUGGCGGGAACAUGCAUCAGUAUCAACAACAACAACAACAACCACAACAACAAGGUGGUCAACAAGGUCGAAAUAUGCAACAACAACAACGAGGUACUGGACAAACAAUGCACGGAGCUCAAGGACAAGCUCAAGCACAGUACUACCAACAACAACAACCAACACAGCAACAAAAUUUACAACAAAAUCAACGAGGCGCUGGAGCACAAAAUCGGCGAGGUCCUCAACAACAAGGUACAUCAAACCAACAAGGGCAAGCUCCAAAUGCACCAAAAAAAGCACGAUGGUUUGUUGCUAUGUACGAUUACGAUCCAACGACAAUGUCACCAAAUCCAGACGCAUGUGAAGAAGAAUUACCUUUCAGUGAAGGCGAUUCGAUUAAAGUAUGGGGUGACAAAGAUCCAGAUGGAUUUUACUGGGGUGAAUGUCGUGGAAGACGAGGCUAUGUUCCACAUAAUAUGGUAAUGGAAGUGGAAGGUCCACCACGCUCUAAUGACCGUGAUCGCUGGGGUGAUAUUUAUGCAAAUAUGCCAGUGAAACGAAUGGUUGCCUUAUACGAUUAUGAUCCACAAGAGUUAAGUCCAAAUGUUGAUUCAGAGGUGGAGUUAAGCUUCACCACUGGGUCGAUAAUCCAUGUAUAUGGAGAAAUGGAUGAUGACGGCUUCUACAUGGGUGAAUUAGAUGGUGUACGAGGUUUAGUACCGAGCAACUUCCUGACAGAGGCACCCGAUCAAUUUCAAGGACCAGGGAGUGUAGGUUCUGGUAUGAUGCAACAACAAACAUCUGGUGGGGCUGGUGGUAGCAUGGGGCCUCGGUCACAGCGAAACAUGAUGGGGGCGGGUGGUGGUGGUGGUGCGGUAAGUGGUGGCAGUGGCGGCAGCGGUGGAGGCAGCGGCGUCGGCGGAAGAGGUCACGGGCCUGGAGCACGUGGACCUCCACCACCGCCGCGUGGUGUUGGCGACGGACCAGUGGGUAUGUCACCUUCCUCUGCUGCCGGUGGAAUGCCACCAGGUGCCACACCCGGUUCACGAUCAGGUGCCCCACGUGGGACAAAGACAGAUGCCUGUCCUGUUGUCCCCUGUUCUCAGUUAGACACUACCACGAACACCGUCACUACUGUCUCGCCACCGAACACACUCCUCAGCUCAUCCACCGAGCAGCAGCGACAGGCAGCAAUGCAGAAUCAACAGAGAGGGGGCGUACAGAGAGGGGGGACAAUCGGUGGUAGCCAACAACAGCAAACACCACAGCAACAAUAUCAACAAUCCCAGCAACAACAACAACAACAGCAACAGCAAUCGAAUACAUUUCAAAAUCAAAAUAAUCAAUUCAAUAAUCAAAAUCAAUACCAACAGAAUCAACAAUAUAUGGGUCAGCAGCAAAUGGGCAAUGAUCCUAUGAUGAAUCGUUCACAGCAACCAAUGCAUAAAGGAACACCUUCUGUUUUACCAAAUAUUUCGUUAGGUGGUCCACAACAAGGUCCACCUGGACAACAAGGACAGCCACAGAAUGCAACAAAUGCACCGAAUGCGUUAAUGCAAAAAUUUACAGAAAUGGCCGCACCCGGUGGUGAUAUUUUAUCAAAAGGAAAGGAAUUAAUAUUUAUGAAGUUUGGACUUGGAGGAAAAUAA